AUGGCCGAUUCCUCGCUUUUAACAUGGGGAGUUCCCCGUCUCUCCCAAAUCCUUCCCCUAGACGACGAUUCCCUCAAGCAGAUCCUCUCCUACGCCGCCAGCCUCUCCAAAGAUGAAGGUGCGGAGCAUCUCAAAAACCUCCUCGGCGACUCCCCCGCCGCAUUCGAAUUCAUUUCGUCCUUCAGUGCCCGCCGUGAACCACCCGCUUCUUCUACCCAACGCGCACGAAUUACAGAUUCCGAACCCUCGUCACGAAACGCCAGUCCAGCAGGUUACGGCAAACCCGCGAAGAAAGGCAAAAAGUCCAAACCACCGCUUCACAGCGCCGGUCCUGUCCGACAAGUUGAGAACUUUGGAAAUGUCGCGGGCGGGUAUCGCAAGGCCGACCAGGACGAGGAUUAUAUGGCCGCGUUUUCGGGAGGUCGCACACAAGGGAAAGAGACUAAGCCAGGUACCGCCGCGGGGGUAAAUACGGGUUCGGAGUCGCGGCCCAGCGCACAGUUCCUGGCACCGUCGUCGCGUGAGGAAUCCUCUGCUUCCUCAUCGCGGGCGCCCUCUCCGGGACCGAGACCGGGUGCUUCGAACAGCAGCAGCAGUAAACCCCCGCCGUCGGCCUCGGGACCCAUGAUCUCGGAUUACCUACCGAAUGUGAAAUCGAAGGCCGCAAAGCCGUCGUCGUCGCGACAGGGCGGAGGCGGAGGAGGGGGAUCGUCGAAGGGUGCUCUCACGACGAACAAUAUCUCAGAUUUAACAGCAGCGAUCGCCGCCUUGGAAGUAUCUACGAAUCCGACGCUUGGCGGAGAAAGUCAGAAAUGCAAUUGCUACGCGUCGUUACAUCCGCUGUUCGAUCCGGCUCCGAACUGUCUGAAUUGCGGGAAGAUCAUCUGUUCGCUGGAAGGUCUCCAGCCCUGCUCGUUCUGCGGGACACCGUUGCUCUCGAGCGAGGAGAUCCAGGGCAUGAUCAGGGAACUGCGAGCCGAACGAGGACAGGAGAAGAUGCGCGCUCAUAACGAGAGCGUUCAUCGCGAAGGCGGACCGGGACAGGGAUCUAGCAGCGGAGGAGGGCCGAACAAGCUAGAUGCCGCCAAGGCGCAUCGAGACCGACUGCUUCAGUUCCAGGCGCAGAACGCCAAACGAACCAAGGUCGUUGACGAGGCGGCAGAUUUCGAGACACCGAAUGUUGCGUCCACGUUGUGGAUGAGUCCCGCGCAGCGAGCACUCGCGUUGAAGAAACAGCAACGCGUGCUGCGCGAGAUGGAAGAGCGGGCCCGCCCGGAGUGGGAGAAGAAGCAGACCGUCAUGAGCUUGGAUAUCAAGGGUGGUCGACUCACGAGGGUGUACCAGUCGGCUGGACCGGCUGAGUCAAGCCCGUCUGCAGAGGAGCAGGAGGAGCAGACCCUGGCGGAAGAGGCUCUCAGUCAUGAUACGGGGCGAACGGGCAGCGGCGAAGCUUUCAGUCGGAAUCCUCUACUUGCGGCCGGUGGACUGGUGCGGCCGGUCUGGAAGGCAGCAGAUGGGAAACAGCCGGAGAGCACAGCACGCAAGGACCGAAAGCAAACGUGGCGACGGGUUCAGGAUGACAAUUAUGACAAUGAGCAGUGGAUCUUAGACGGUGGUGCACAUGGAUAUACGCGAUGA